AUGGCCGUCUCUCAGAUCACCUUGCUCCUGUUUGUCUCUGAUCUGAAUUCUGCUCUGAACGAAGCUGUUCUGAGGUCGAGGAACAUCAAGCUCAUCGUCAACGCCAGCAACAUCCAGGGAGUCACCUACCCACAGAUCCCUGGGCUGGAGGUGGUCCAUGUCCCGGUGCAGGACGUCCCUCACGCGCCCCUGGACCAGUAUUUUGCCUUAGUGUCAGAGAGGAUCCACCACAGCAUCACCCAGGGGCAGGCCUGUCUACUGCACUGUGUGUCCGGGAGGAGCCGAUCUCCUGCUCUGGUCAUUGCCUACGUCAUGAGGUUCUUGUCCCUGUCUCUGGUUCAGGCUCAUGUCUUGGUUCAGGAGAGGCGUCCGUUCAUUCACAUAAACGCAGGAUUCUGGAGACAACUGUUGAACUACGAGCUGUUGCUGCGCACCGCGGGAUCAGAUGAAGACCGACCUGGUCUGGAGCAGGACUUAAAGGAAGCAGAGCCUCAGACCUCUUGUGUGUGA